AGUGCUUUCAGCGCUGGACAGCACUCUCCAGCUAGUACCCUCUAGUACCCUUGCUCUCGCGAACAUCCAGGUUUUGCAGAUGUAAGAUAUGGGCAAGGAUAGAAUUUCCUGGAAGACAAACAAGAAGCCACCUGGGGUUUUUGGAACCUACUCUCAAGUCGGGGCACCUAUUGACCAAGCAUACUUCCUCGACAAUAGUGGCUCUCCAGUUCCGCCAUCGCAAUACCCACAGCUCCAGGAAGAAGGCUGCGUUGCAGUUUGAUGCGCACAUGGAGACCUUGCAAAUGUGUGGGCUCUUGACCCCAAUAGCAUCAGUCAGUACCGAGGAAUGGUAUUUGCACAGUGUCCUCGCGACGAAGAACAGUGUAGCUAUUAUGAAUGCGUUAAUGACUGGCACCGACAAGCUCAAACUGCAAAAUCAAGUGCAAGAUAUACCCCAUAUCCAUCCCCACCAACAACUGGACAUGACGGAAAGCCUCAUUGCAUGCUCUCCCAGCUUGCUCAUUUACCUGUAACCCCCUCCCGGCACUCCAAGUCGUUCCCUAUGGGUGGAAUCUCUGAAGGUACACUCAAACCGAUGUCUUUCAAUGUUUCUCCUCUGCAAUUCACACACAAACAACCCAGCCUUGAUUUUAAAGCCCCUUCAAAAAUCACUGAUGGCGGUACUGGUUCAGAACCCGGUGCUCCAUUUUUUACUUCUUCACCAUGGAAACGUGCAGGUCCACUAUACCCUAAUGCUUCAGAUGAUGUACUAGUGGGGUUCUUCACAGACUUACCUGAUGUAGUCAUCGGCGAUGACGGACGUAUUUUGUUUGACAUUGAAAAUUCAUCGCAUGGAACUUUUUCAUAUUCAAAUGCUCACCUUCCGUAUAUCAUUCAAUGCAUCUGGCAGCGUAUUUUUCCCUUCUCCGCACUUGCAAAUGGAACAAAAGAAACACAGAAGGAAGAUCAGGACCAUGACGACUUUGUCCACAAAUUUCGAGGAUACUUGGGCGUGAUUAUUGGCAAAGGGAACAAGAUCAUUCAGAAAUCACAACCAUGGCAUGAGAAGAAUCCAAAGAAUGCCAUCGCAGGGCCGUCUCGUAUUUCCAAAGAUGUUAUUGACUUGACUGGAGACAAUGAUAAAGAAGUUUGUUGCAUGUGUGGAUAUUACCUUGAUGCGGCAUGGCACAUUGAAGAACGUGGAUAUGUUGAACGCGGCUAUGCUGUUCACAUGCCACUAUUAUGAUCAUGUGUUAUAAUAUGUCAUAUGUAGUCAUAUCUAGUUAUUUACUAUAUGCGGAUUCCUCAGUACUUCCUUAUGUAAUACUGUCAUACAGUUAUGUAUAUAAACAGGCC